CGGAUAUAGAAACUUGAAUGUUCUGUUGAUCAAAGCCAAGUAUCUGGAGAAAAGAUGUCGUCGGAGCAGGAAAGAGGUGAACUCGACGCCAGGGCCAGGCAAGGGGAGACAGUCGUCCCCGGUGGAACUGGAGGCAAAAGUCUCGAAGCUCAGGAGCACCUGGCUGAAGGGCGGAGCCGUGGGGGCCAAACAAGGAAGGAGCAGCUGGGACACGAAGGAUACCAAGAGAUGGGCCGUAAAGGAGGGCUAAGCAACACAGGUAUGUCUGGAGGUGAACGUGCUGCUGAGGAAGGUGUUGAGAUCGACGAAUCCAAGUUCACGACUAAACAAAAAUAGAAAAACACCCUUUUCACAAUGUCUCUUGAGUAUGAACUUCUAUGUUCCAUUUUCGUCUAUAGUUUUUCUUUUUUUUUUUUUAGUGCCUACUUUCUCUAGGGAGUAUCUAGAAUAAAUAGUCGUCUUUCAAGGCUUUUUAGCCUACGUCAGGUCUGUAUAUGGAUGUUUCUGCCUUGAGUGAGCAGUUAAGGUCGGACUUUUUUUA